AUGACACACCCGCAACAAGCCGUUCACGCGGCCUCACUCCAAAACCCCGAGGCAUUCUGGUCUCACCAUGCCCAGCAGCUCCAUUGGCACAAGAAACCUUCACGUGCAAUCGGUCGGUCGACUAAGACUCUUGCUAGUGGUGCCAGCCAUGAGUCCUGGUCUUGGUUUCCUGACGGUGAGAUCUCGACAACGUACAACUGUGUUGACCGUCACGUGCUCAAUGGGAAUGGGGACAACGUCGCUAUUAUCUGGGACUCGGCGGUGACGGGGAAGAAGGAGAAAUAUACAUAUCGACAAUUGCUGGAUGAGGUUGAGGUUCUGGCUGGAGUUCUGAGGGAGGAGGGUGUAAAGAAAGGGGAUGUCGUCAUCAUCUAUAUGCCUAUGAUACCGGCGGCGCUGAUCGGUGCGCUGGCUGUCGCUCGGCUGGGUGCAAUCCACGCGGCUGUCUUCGGUGGAUUCGCGGCCAAAUCGCUGGCGCAGCGCAUUGAGGCGGCACGGCCGCGGGCAAUUCUGACAGCCUCGUGCGGGAUCGAAGGGGCGAAGGGCCCCAUUGCGUAUCGACCGUUGGUGGAGGGAGCCAUCGAAGCCAGCAGCUUCAAACCGGAGAAGGUACUUAUCUGGCAACGAGACCAGCUGCGAUGGAAUAAUCCGGAUAAACUGGGCGGGCAGCGAAACUGGAACAGGCUCGUAAAGAGCGCGCGGAUGCGGGGUAUUCGUGCUGAGCCAGUACCAGUCAGAAGCACUGACGGUUUGUAUAUCAUCUAUACCAGUGGCACCACCGGACUACCAAAAGGAGUCGUCCGAGAGGCGGGCGGACAUGCAGUUGGGCUUAGUUUAUCCAUCAAGUAUCUGUUCGAUAUUCAUGGGCCCGGUGACACCAUGUUUUGCGCCUCAGACAUCGGCUGGGUUGUAGGGCACUCGUACAUCUUAUACGCCCCGCUGUUGGUGGGAGCAACGACCGUUUUAUUCGAAGGCAAACCAGUCGGCACUCCAGACGCGGGCACAUUCUGGCGAGUCGUCGCCGAGCAUAAGGCGAAUGUCCUGUUCACCGCGCCCACGGCGCUUCGCGCCAUCCGCAAAGAAGACCCAGACAACAAACACUUUGAGAAAGUCGCUGGGGACAAUAACCUCCGGCACUUGCGAGCCCUCUUCCUCGCAGGAGAACGCAGCGAGCCCAGCAUUGUGCGCGCGUACCAAGACCUUCUAACCAAGCAUGCCGCUCGGGGGGCCCUAGUCGUAGACAAUUGGUGGUCGUCCGAGUCUGGGUCUCCAAUCUCGGGAUUGGCGUUGCGGAGCGCCGUGGGACGAGUACCGCCACGAUCAGACGAGUACGAUGUUGCGCCUCUGGCGAUCCGACCAGGGUCGGCUGGUUUACCGAUGCCGGGCUUCGAUGUGCGGGUUGUAGAUGACGAGGGCAAUGAAGUCGCGCAGGGAACGAUGGGGAACAUCGUCAUGGCGACGCCGCUGGCGCCCACGGCGUUCACGCGCCUCUUCAACGACGACGAGAGAUUCUAUAAGGGCUACCUCAAACGGUUUGGCGGACGUUGGUUAGAUACCGGGGAUGCAGGCAUGAUCGAUCAAGAUGGGUACAUCCAUGUAAUGUCGCGGUCUGACGAUAUCAUCAAUGUCGCGGCGCAUAGAUUCAGCACAGGUCAAGGCUCGAUCGAACAAGCAAUCCUCUCGCACCCGGCAAUCGGCGAAGCCAGCGUUGUCGGCAUCCCUGACGCACUCAAAGGCCAUCUCCCUUUCGCAUUCAUAACGUUAAAGCAAAGUGGGGGUAACAGCCCUGCGCGCCCGAGUGCUGAACUCUUCAACUCAGUCAACCGUCUUGUGCGCGAGCAGAUCGGCGCCAUUGCGUCGCUGGGCGGGAUGAUCCAGGGUCAGGGAAUGAUUCCGAAGACGAGGAGCGGGAAAACGCUCAGGCGGGUGUUGCGGGAGCUGGUGGAGAAUGGAGCGCGAGGGGAGUUCGAGAAAGAGGUUGCGGUGCCGCCGACGGUGGAGGAUCGGGGGGUUGUGGAGGUUGCGAGAGAGAAGGUUAGGGAGUAUUUUGAAUCCCAGAGUGGAAGCCCCAAGGCGAAGCUCUAA